AUGCCAGAACGGUCAGGCGAGAAGUUGCUUCUCCAGCUUCCAGGACGAGUGUCCGCGACAGUUGUACGUGUACAGAGUCAGCUGCUAACGACCAAUGAUGAAUAUGUGGACAGCCACAUGAUGGAAAUGACUGCGAUUCUCGUUCCCGACUCAUCUUUGCUUGUUUCGCGGGGUGUUGCAGAACUGGAGAAGGUUACGCGGCUGGGAAACCUGUACCGCAUGUGGCAGCAGCGAACAUCCCACAGCCACGUAGCCAUAACGCUGGAUGAGCUGGCGCUGCUCAAGCAGUCCUCGCGUCUCGUACACUUCUGCGCGACGCCGCUACUGUUCAGCCCCGCCUGGAGACGCAGCGCAGACAAACACAAGAUGCCUAACUCGUUGCCACGGCGAUCCAGCAGCAGCGGAAACUUCCAGAAGCAGUCGAGCGACGACUCGAAUUCACGGUCACGUCAGAGUUCAGGUGGGAGUGCUAAGCUACCCGGCGGGCUGCAGCGGCGGGGGGAUGCGGGCGGCGCGGCGGCGGGGACGGACGCGCGACGCUCACUGCGUCUCGACCUAGCGGACGCCCUGCAGCAGCAGCAGCAGCGCGGCGGCAGCAGCGGCGGCGGCGGCGGUGAGGAGAUGUGGCACGUGCAGCUACGGCAGAGCUUCAUGCAGGAGUUCAUACAGUACAUGACGUCGCUCGGUUACGUGGUCGUACGCACGCGCCCCCUGUCACCGAAGGGGAAGCGGCCGGCCACGGAUGGAUCCACCGGCGGCGGCGGCAGCGGAGGAGGAGGCAGCAGAGGAGUGAAGCUGCACGACGCGAUCAGCUGCUACCUGCAGAAGACGAUGCUCGGAGGAAUCCUGAUGGUGGAGCUGAAAUACGUCGAACCUUUCUUUAUGAUCAGCAUCUUCGGUCUCGAGUGUUCACGUCUGCUCACCGGCACGAUGCUGAGCAACCAGAUGAAGCUGAUGUUCAUCGAUGAAUGUGAGAAGGAUAAGAUCCGCAUCCACGUUCACUCGUUCGCCUACGACUUCCACCUGCGCACCAUCCUCUCCUACCUCUCCGGACGCGUUCUCAUCCUCAAGCAGGGAUACCAUCUCGCUAGCUUCAUGAACGACUUCAUGAAUUACUACCAGAAGUCUCCCGGGUUCGCUCGCAACGACUGCCUGUCAGGUACGAUCAGCAUACCGGACCUGAUAACUCCGGCUAGCAAGCUGUAUGAAUACAUGCUGAACAAGGACCGACACUAUGGCAUGACCGUCAUGCGCAUGGUACCCGUCACCACCGCCGACGAACCGGACCCCGAAGUGUCGGAGAACGAGUACGUGCUCGUGUCUCUCUCGUCGUGCCGCGGAUCCUACAAGGACCUCGAGGACGCUCGACAGCUGCACGAGUUCGACGUCGGGCUCAUCGUCGAGCACAGUGCUGCCCCCUGCACGGCGGUGAGGCAGACGGACGGCGGCCGGCACACGCUUUCGCUGCAGUACUUCAUCGUCAUGGCGAGCAGACGCGAACUGUUCCCGAAGAUCACGCUCGAGAAGUUCGUCGGUUCCGGAUCGGCCCCUGGGAAACCUUUGGGUAAGGUUGUCUAA